CAGUACGGAAGAAGGGAGGAAAACGAUGUUCUCCCGCAACCGCUGCAAUGGACAGGAUGGCACAGGCGUCCCUCAAUAUCCCCGACCAAAAAAGAAAACUUCAGCACCAAAGAGAAGGCAGCCUAAUCCCAAAGUUGCUCUGGUGUUGCGUGGGAAAAUUCAUCGUUUCUUGCAGGGAUCUGCAGAUCAUUCUGUCCAGCCUUCUGGUCUUUACUAUGCUGGAAUUGAAGAAGAGGAUGAAGAGAGGGAAGAGGAUGUUGAAAAGCUGCAGAACUACUACAGGAGAGGAUUAGCUUCAGCAGAGGUCUGUUGCUCACCUCAGGUGCCAAACGGACAUGGGCUGGGAGCGGUUUCUGGGGCAGCUUGUGUUGGGGAAGUGGAACUAAAUCGAGAAGGAGGCAUCAGAAUUCCUUGCACUUUGCAACACAACAGUAAUUCGACAGUAGUUCAAAACCAAAUGACCCAAGAUCUAAAUGGGACUAGGUUUUCAUCUGGAAGAGGACUUGAUGGUGAGCCUAAAAGACAGACGGAGACUUUGCUGUGCAGGUUAAAUAUGGCGAUGCUGGAUGAAGUUGUGGAGGGGAAUAAUGAAGACUAUGAAGAGGAAGAAUCGAGUGCUAUCGUUGAGCACAUUCUGAAGGAAUUGCGAGGGAUCAACAAAAUUCAAGAGGAGAUUUCAGACUUGAGGGAGUACCUCUCAUCUGUUAGUGGCUCUGUUGAGGAGGUCUCUAGCUGUGUAGAUGCCGUCCUAAUGGAGAUCGAAUGCAUGCGUUCUGGAAACAAAUCUGGUGUAGAGACUUGGCCAGGAGCAAUGGGUGGCACUGAGGGUCACUCCCACCACACACACAAAUCAAAUAACACUGUUAGUAUAGGCUGCUACACUGUUGAAUCCUCAAGUAGCUGUGGUGAUAUACUCUCAGAAUAUCAAGUCGUUGAUGGGAAGCACAAAGAGGCACCAAGGCAGUCUGCUUUCACAAGUGCAAGGAGAAGGAAGCUUAGCUUUGGUUACCUUGAGCGCCAGGAUGGACAGGACUGUCCGAGCACCAGUUCCCUAUCUUCGGGUCAGAGUUCCAAGUCUGAAUCUGAUCCAGAAAGACCCACCUCUGGACAUGGCAAAGCAGGGGGUGAAAGUCAGACCUUGAACCCAGUGGCUUUAAAACAUAGUGGGAGUGGAGAGAUCGGUUGGAGCGAAGAUGAUUCUUGCUCCAGACAAGGCCAUUUUGAAGAGGCAGAGUGCUGCACGGGUGAAGUGGACAGCUGGGACCCAUCAAGAGCUGUAAGUACCUGUAUGAUGGGCACCUCAGAUGAAAUAUCCAUAGUAUCUGGUAAACACUACAACUCUCCUGUUAGUACAAGCAAUAGAGGAGAUUGGAAGCUGUAUGAUGCAGAAAUGCUGCCUGAAGAACCUGGUUUGGGCUGCCAUAAUUGCAAUGCAGAUGGUAAAUGUCCUCAGAGCUCUGUUUAUCAGAAUCACGUGUCUUCUUGUGAAAAUUGCGUAGUUCCAUUUAAAAGUGAGUCAACAGAAAGUGUGAUUGUUGAGCCAUCCAGAAACCUUCUAUAUGAAGGUACAUCACUCUGUAAUCAAAAUGUCCCUGAUUGGAAGCCAGGCUCUGCUGAUGACAGUAAUGUGGCGUUUAAAGUAAAAAAGUUUGGUAGAGCAGUUCUUGAUUUCAAAACUGCUUUGCGAGGAGCUCUUAAGAAGAUGGAUGGAGCUAGUGCUACUAUACCUGGUGAAAGGGUUGAAGUCCAUAUGCAGAUCUCCCCAUGUAAGGAACCAUAUGGAAUGGUAAAUACUGAGACGCCAAAUGUAGACAUUCCUCAAAUAGAGAUGGAGACUACACAAAUAGAAACAAAUUAUUCUGAACAGCCUCAAGCCAUCGGUACCGAGAAAGGUUUCAUAGAGAUACCUCAAUGCAUCUCCACCAAAGCAAAACCUGAAUCGCCUCCUCACCAGCAAAAUAUUGAUCAUUCAGAACAUCCAAAUUCUCCAGGGUUGGACUCCUCCACCAGUAAUGCAUCAGAUGCUACAUCUGGACAUCCAACCAAUGCUCAUUUACCACAGUGUUUCUCUACAGACAUUAUCCCAGACUCUUUUUCCCUCGAGGAACUAGCAGUAGAAGAGGAGCAAAGAACACUGGCGGGGGAAACGCAGCCUUCCACCGAGUCCUCUACGGAAGGAGGUAGUGAAGCAGAGAUUAGUCAGCGGGAUGCACGUCGUCUGAAGUGCCUCAGGAGUUUCCAGCAGAUUCUAAGGGAGAAGAGAGAGUCCAAAAGACAACUCGGUAGAGUGACCAUGUCAGCAUUUUCUGAAGAUGAUUUGAACUCAGAUGGAAGCCAGGAUGAAGAUAAGAACAUCAAUGGAGACCAUAACAAACAUCCAUGGGCCAAACCUGGGGGAGGAGGAAUAUUUGGCAUUGAUAGCAUGCCUGACCUUAGGAAGAAGAAGUCUAUCCCCUUGGUUAGCGAAGUGGCCAUGUCUCUUGUGCAGUCCAGGAAAGCAGGGAUCUCUCAUGCAUUAGCUGCACGCUCUUCACUGAAGGACGAAGAACUGAAGAAUCACGUGUACAAGAAGACCCUCCAGGCUCUGAUUUACCCUAUUUCUUGCACGACACCCCAUAACUUUGAAGUGUGGACGGCCACCACGCCUACCUACUGCUACGAGUGUGAGGGCUUGUUGUGGGGCAUCGCGCGGCAGGGCAUGCGCUGCUCAGAGUGUGGAGUCAAAUGCCACGAAAAAUGCCAGGAGCUUCUCAACGCAGACUGUUUACAGAGAGCUGCUGAGAAGAGCUCCAAAACAGGAGCAGAGGACAGAACCCAGCAUAUCAUAUCGGCCAUGAAGGACCGCAUGAAGAUCCGAGAGAGGAACAAGCCUGAAAUCUUUGAAAUUAUAAGGCUUGUGUUCACUGUGACUAAACUAAACCAUGCUCAGCAGAUGAAGGCCAUCAAACAGACUGUGCUUGACGGAACAUCAAAAUGGUCUGCCAAAAUCUCCAUCACUGUGGUGAGCGCUCAGGGCCUGCAGGCUAAAGACAGAACUGGUUCCAGUGAUCCGUAUGUGACCGUUCAGGUUGGCAAGACUAAGAAGAGAACCAAAACCAUCUACGGUAACCUUAACCCUGUGUGGGAGGAGACGUUCAGCUUUGAGUGCCACAAUUCAUCUGACCGCAUUAAACUGCGUGUGUGGGAUGAAGAUGACGAUAUAAAGUCUCGUGUGAAGCAGCGUCUGAAGAGGGAAUCUGAUGACUUUUUGGGUCAGAGCAUUAUUGAGGUCCGAACCCUCAGCGGAGAGAUGGAUGUCUGGUACAACCUUGAAAAACGCACAGACAAGUCAGCGGUAUCAGGGGCCAUCAGACUGCAGAUAAGUGUGGAAAUUAAAGGGGAAGAGAAGGUGGCCCCUUAUCAUGCUCAGUACACAUGUUUGCAUGAGAUUUUUUUUCACUUUGUGACAGACAGUGAAGGACAAGGUGUGGUGAAGUUGCCCACGGCACGAGGAGAUGAUGCCUGGAAGGUCUACUUUGAUGAGGUUGCUCAGGAUAUUGUAGACGAAUUUGCCAUGCGCUACGGAAUAGAAUCCAUCUAUCAGGCCAUGACGCAUUUUGCAUGUCUUUCCCAUAAAUACAUGCUGCCUGGUGUUCCUGCGGUAAUGAGCACACUCCUGGCCAACAUCAACGCAUUCUACGCUCAUCCCACCUCAGUCACCAACGUCUCCGCCUGUGACCGCUUCACUGCCUCCAACUUUAGGAAAGAUCGCUUUGUUAGACUGCUGGAUCAGCUCCAUAACUCUCUCCGAAUUGACCUGUCAACAUACAGAAAUAAUUUCCCAGCCAGCAGUAAACCACGUCUAGCAGAUCUCAAAUCCACAGUGGAUUUGCUGACCAGCAUUACAUUCUUCAGACUGAAGGUUCUGGAACUGCAGUCUCCCCCGCGUGCCGCCCAUGUGGUCAGGGACUGUGUGAAAGCGUGCCUCAACUCCACAUAUGAGUACAUCUUUAACAACUGCCAAGAGCUGUACAACAGACAGUUCCAGCCGGCCGCAGAGCCUAAACCACAAGAAAAGAAAGAGGGAGAAGAGGGUGAAGAAGAGGAAGACAAGAAGGAUGAGAAGGAGGAGGAGAAUGCUGCUGUUGAGGAGCCAGGACCAAGCAUACAGAAUUUGGACUUCUGGCCCAAACUCAUCACCUUAAUAGUUUCCAUCAUAGAGGAGGACAGGAACUCCUACAGCUCGAUCAUAAAUCAGUUUCCUCAGGAGCUGAAUGUGGGGCAUGUCAGUGCUGAGGUCAUGUGGACACUCUUUGCUCAGGACAUGAAGUAUGCACUGGAAGUUCUUAAUCAUAUCGUCUACAAACACUGGAAGAAUGCACCUGCCACAUUCCAUAUUCGCAGACUUGAUUUUUAUGCUGAGCAUGAGAAGCUGAGGUUGUGUAAAAGUGCGGACUACAUGAAUCUGCAUUUCAAAGUCAAAUGGCUCUACAACGAAUACGUCCAUGACCUGCCCGCCUUCUCCGACACCGUCCCAGAGUACCCAUCGUGGUUUCUGCCAUUUGUUCUCCAGUGGCUGGCUGAGAAUGAGGAAGUGUCGAUGGAGUUUAUGCAUGGAGCCCUUGAGAGGGAUAAAAGAGAGGGGUUCCAGCAGACAUCUGAGCAUGCUCUGUUCUCCUGUUCGGUCGUGGACAUCUUCACUCAGCUCAACCAAAGCUUUGAAAUCAUUAAGAAACUAGACUGUCCUGAUCCUGCAGUGGUUGCCCAGUACAAUCGACGAUUUGCCAAGACUAUCACCAAAGUGCUCCUGCAGUAUUGUGCUAUUCUAACCAAGAGUAUACCCUCUUACUGUGAGAAAGAAAAGACGCCCUGUGUGUUGAUGAACAACGUUCAACAGAUGCGUGUGAUGUUGGAGAAGAUGUUUGAGUCAAUGGGAGCCAAACAGUGUACUGUUGAGGAAGAGCGGCUGGAGAAUGAGGAGGAGCCUGAGGACGAUGAGGAGGAGGCCAUCACUGAUGAUGAAGGCAAUGAGUCGGAUGAAUCAGAUGCUAAGUCUGGCAUUUCGGAUUCAGAAGGAUCAGAGAUUGACAACAAAGAAAAGGAGAAUAAGCUUGACAGGCAGAAGUCUGUUGCUAAGAAAGAAAAGGGGGAAAAGAAGGACAAAGAGAAGGAGGAUGAGAACACGACCACAGAGGUGGGUGAUGGAGCUGAGCCCAAAGAUGAGGGAAAAGAGAAAGAGGCAACAGUCCACACAAAAAAGCUCGACUCGGAGGCUGCAGAUAUCCUCAGUGACCUGCAAGGGAAGCUUAAUUCUGUUCUGGAUAACCUGAGUGGCAUGUUUGCCAAGAGUUUCCAGGCUCGUAUGAAUGCAUGUGUGCGUCAGAUGGCGGAGAUCCUGUAUCAGAUUAAAGGACCUCUGAAUCAGAACACUCGUAACACAGCGGAGGCUGAUGCAGACAACGUACUGCGGCCGCUUAUGGAGUUCCUCGACACAAACCUCAGCAUCUUUGCGGACAUAUGUGACAAGACUGUGUUGAAGCGUGUGCUAAAGGACCUCUGGAGGACUGUUCUGAUCUGCAUGGAGAAAACGAUUGUGUUACCUCAGAGCAGCGACAGUAUAGGAGCUCAACUUCUUACUGCUGCUAAGGAACUGUCUAAACUAAAGGGAGGGGUGGAGCCAAAGAGCUUGUCACCAAGGCAAUGUGUGAUCUUGGAGGCAGCACUGGAUUCAAUCAAGAUCUUCUUCCAUGCUGGUGGAAACGGUUUAAAGAAAGUGUACCUGGAGAAAAGCCCUGAGCUGUCGUCGCUGCGUUAUGCUCUCUCCCUAUAUACACAGACCACAGAUGCUCUUAUCAAGGCGUUUGUGACAACACAGCAUGCUCAGGUUCAAAAUGGUAUGGGCAUCAGGAUCACCCCCAAGGAGAAUGUUCGACCCGACAGAGGCUCUGGGGUCGAGCGGCCGAUUGGGGAAGCGGUGAUUCAGCUGGAUUUGUCGCCCCCAGCUGGAAACACUGAGCAGAAACUCGGCGUCCGAGUGAUUGCAGUAAAUGACAUGAAAUGGCAGACCUCAGGGAUGUUUCGUCCAUUUGUGGAUGUUAACCUGGUCGGCCCACAGCUUACAGAGAAGAAACGAAAAUUCACAACCAAAUCGAAAAACAACAGCUGGACUGCAAAGUACAACGAGGCCUUUCAAUUUGUGUUGGGUAAAGGCGUGAGUCUGGACUGCUAUGAGAUUCAGAUAUCGGUGAAGGAUUAUUGUUUCGGUCGUGCGGAUCGGAUGGUCGGGAUCGCAGUACUGCAGCUGCGAGACAUAGCAGACCGGAAAAGCUGCGUGUGCUGGUGCCCCUUGGGUCCGCGUAUCAACAUUGAUGAAACCGGGACCACCGCACUACGAAUCCUCUCUCAGCGCUCAACUGAUGAGGUUGCCAAAGAGUUUGUCAAACUAAAGUCUGAGACCAGACCUGCUGAAGAGGGGAGGUGAAGAUGAAACUCAAGGUUGACCGCCUCAAUUUGUCAUUAGGAUUAAAGCGGACUGAUUAAAACAGAAGAGACUUUGAUAAUACGAGACGAAUGAAAACACUGACAGGCAAACAAGCGUUCACAAACCAAUCACACAAGGACCUACACUGUUUAUAAAAUUGCGUAUGUUUAUUCAAAGCCUUAAGAGUCACUUAACUGUCUGACUGGCUUUGCAUCGCACUCUACAUUAUGGGCAACAACUCACAAAAUGAGUGCUAGCGUUGAGAAUAGCGUUCCCACCGUCAUGGAAACUCUGGAAAUAUCAGGGAAUUUUCAGAUGUUGGUUUCCAGGCAUGAAAAGUCAGUAUUUAAAUAUUUAAUCAGAAAUCCCAGCAUUUUUGUAUGUAGUUAAACAACUUGAAAAUUCAUGGAAAUAUUAAGAACUCUUAAAAAGCCAGAAUACUAAAAUAUUUUGUUGGCUAGAAAUUGAUAUUUGUGAGAGCAGUCUCUGUUUUAUGAAAAUUAUCUCGUUAAUCAAAUGACUUGAAAAGUCGUGCAAAUUAAAAAAAACUUAAUAUUUUGCAAUAUGCAAAAUAUUUUGUUGGCUAGAAAUUUAUUUGUAAUCUGCAUUUUUUCACAAAAAUGAUCUAGGUAUUCAAAUGACUGGAAAAGUCAUGAAAAUAAUACAAAAAAAGUCUUAAAAAGUCGAAACUAAAAUGAUUUGUUGGCUAGAAAUUGGUAUUUGUGAGUGCGAUCUCUGAAUUCUUUGCAACAAUGUUUACAAAAUUAUCUAGUUUAUCAAACAACUUGAAAAGUCAUCAAAAUUUAUUGGUAAAAAUGUGUGGGAGCCCUGUGAGAAGAGAAAAGCAGAACGCUACGCAUUUUACUGAGCACUUCACAGUUAUUUCAAACGCAUCGUAAUGAAAGGUAUAAAUGACAUUACAAAAAAAAUGUGAGAAGAUGCGAGAGUUUUGUUAAACAUGAGUCUAUGGGCUCAUUCCACAUGUUCUCCGUGGCCUUCUGAAUGGGAGGAGUCUUAUAGCAGGGGGAGUGGUCUAACAAGAUUGAUUUACAUUGGCUGCCUAUUCUUUGAUUGCCAGGCACAGAUAUGCACAUUUAGACACAUGUUUUUCUCUAUUGGUCUUGUUCAUUAAUGUGUUCUUGAAAUCUUAUCUGUGAUACCUUCAAUAUAUUCAUCACCUUAACUUGAAAGACACUUCUAAUAGUCUGACUGCUCCAAAGAUCAUAGUAAUCCCCCCAAGUCUCAAAACAGAUAAAUACGCAAGUAAAUAAGGACAAAUAUAGACCAGCCAGUAGUGGCAGCCAAUGAGAAGGGAUGUACUGUAUGAAACUGUUUACCUUGUGCCAAGUAGUUUGUAUGCUCUCUUUUUUGAGGUGUAAUGGAGUUAUGGUUCGUUUUGUUUGUAAUAUAUGCACAACCAAACAGGCGUAAACACAGUCUGUAAAGUAGACUACCACAUGUGCAUGCAUUUAUUGUAAAAUCCAGCUUUUGGUCAUAUGUUUAUUUAUGUUUUGUCAAUAUGUGGAAAGCUAUUUCUGUACUUUAAGCUAUGGAAGAGAUCACAGAUUGAAUUGAUAUUCUGAAUUUAUUUAUAAAUUAUUUAUGAAUUAA